AUGUCGAUAUUUGAUUGGCUGAGUGCAUGUUGCUCAGAGCAGCCUUCCAGCAACUUGGACUACCGUCUGCGGCCGCGAGAGGAAAUCAUCAUCGGCUAUCUCCAACAGGAGGUGCUUGUACCAUUUGAGCCCGGUGCUUUGGAGCACGAGGCUUAUCUGCAGGAAUACUUCAAGGCGGCAGCUCCAGCACUCUCCCCGCUGGAGAAGGACCGGUCUCGCAUUGAAAGACUUCCGGAAGGGAGACGAGAUCAUAGAUGGAAGGAACUUGGCUUCCAGGACGAGGAUCCGCGUACUGACUUCAGAGGUGGUGGACUGCUCUCUCUCAAAUGCCUGUUUGCUUCUCAGGCAUACCAGUUUGCUCACAACUGUUGUCUGAAUACAUGCGCAUGCAGCAAAAAAUUGCAGUCAGAUGUGUGUGUGUGUGUCACCCUCUGUACCAAAGAGUUUGUAACCCAUACAUGUUCUACCUAUCAUGAUGAUUUGAUUUGA